AUAUUAUUAAAGCAAUAAAAAAAUAUGAUGGCCGAAUCUAAUACCACUCCCAACACACCUGCCGCUGAUAAUAGCAACAACACACCCGCGGCGGUCGCACCCGAAACGGAUAAUAAAGCUCCAAAGCAGCUGACAGAAAAGGAAUUGAAAGAGCAGCAGAUUUAUAAUAAUUUCGCCACACCACUCAUUGGCACAUACCUCAAUUUGCCAGAGGAAUCAGUGUUGUUGAAAUGUCCCGCUUGCGGUAUUGUUGAAAAGACACAAGUCGAGAAUGAUAUGAAAUGGUGGGCGACGGAGAUUAAUCGUUUUGUUGGCUGUUUAUGGGUCACAUUUUGCUGUUGCUUUUGUAUGGACUACUUUAUACCGUGUAAACAAACCGAUCGUAAUCAUUAUUGUAAGAACUGUGGCUGCUACUUUGGACGUGCAAUGAAACAUUCAGCAAUCAAACCGAAAAAACUCAACGACAAAUCAUGAGUAGAUUAUUCAGCUCUACAAUACAUUUACACAAACGAAAAUAGCAUACUCAUACAUAAUAUGCCUUUACUGCCAAGGGGGCCAAUUAAAGAAGUGGAAAAAUAUCAUAAAUUAAAAUAAAAUAACAAAUAAAUAAAA